CUUUCCCCCGCCUCUCGCGCUGGGGUUCAUUGGUUAGAGUUUCUUUUUGGGAAUGGGACUGUUCGGCAGAUGCAGCCUCAGAUGUAUUCUUCCAUUAAGGACUUGGAUAAUGGCCCAGUUUAUAUACGGGAAAAUGGAAAAUUACAUCUAGUCUCUGGUACUGGAAAUUUCUCAAAGGAAACUCAGAACAUCAGUAAAAAGCCUCUUCGACUUUUUCAAAAAGGUUUUUCUGUCACUUUGGGACUUGAUGAUGGAGACAGAAGUGCUGGAUCUGAGAGAAAAGAUCACUUCAUUUUUGUCUACACCAAAGAAGGAAACCUGCGUUACACUGCAAAGAAACUCUUCGAUAUUUCAUUAGCAUUUAUAGCAGAACAUGUUCAGCACAUUGAUUCCCUCAUAGGAUUUCCAGAGCAAGUGGCAAAAAAAUUAUUUUUUGCUGUAGAAGAAAGACAGAAAUUUGUUGAUCCAAAUGUGGCCACAAAAGCAUUGUGUUUGUUUAAUGAAGCCUAUGGGGAACUAAUGCUGAAAUCUCUUUGUUUAAGAAAUGGAUAUCUUCUUCUUUCUGAGAAACUACAGGAAAUCAAAUCCUUUCAGGGUUUGUCAUGCCUGGAUCUUUCCUGCUGUAAACUUGGGGAUGACCAUGAUUUUCUUGACCAUCUAACCUCUGACAACUUGACAAGUCUUCUACAUCUGUCACUUCAGGACAACUGCUUGUCAGACAGAGGCUUGCGUAAGUUGACUGCACCAGUGAGAGUGAUGAAACGAGGGCUAAAUAAUCUGAAAGUGUUAAACUUGUCUUGCAACCCUCGUAUCAGUGAAGCAGGAGUUGGAUAUAUCUGUUGUUUUAAAAAACUGAAUUCACUGGAUAUCACUGGAACAGCUGCCAAGAUGUGCAAAUCUUUAAUGACAUUGCUUCAGUCUCAGCUGGGGUUGCUUGCUGCUGAAGUAGCACUGGAAGAAUUUUCACAUGAAAAAUGCAAAACAGAAGGUUGGGCAGAGCAAGUGGUGUUACAGUGGAACAAUAUUGUUUCUGAAUCUGCAAAUUCUAAACAAAUACCAGAGGCAAGAAGAAUUGCACAGUGCUUCUAUGGCACAGACAAGACACUUAAAUCAAAACUUGAACAAUUUCCUUUGGAACUCGUACAGAAGGAAAGAGCCAGCCAAAAUAAAAUGCAGUUCCGGAAAGCACCUUUACAAACCUUAAGAACUACAGUACAGGAGAAAGAAAAAAACAUAAAAAACAAAAACAAAACUGAUGAAACCCUGAACAACAAAAAAAGAAGUUUAGAGAAUGAGCCAUUCAGAGGUGGAUUUGCUGGUGUGUUUUGGGUCAUUGUCCUGUUGCAGCACCCAAGAUCGCUUCAGCUUGAGUUGACGAACAGAUGGCCGGACAUUCUCCUUCAGGAUUUUUUGGUAGACAGUAGAAUUCAUGGUUCCAUCUAUCACAGCAAGCCUUCCAGGUCCUGAAGCAGCAAAACAACCCCAGACCAUCACACUACCACCACCAUAUUUUACUGUUGGUAUGAUGUUCUUUUUCUGAAAUGCUGUGUUCCUUUUACGCCAGAUGUAACGGGACAUUUGCCUUCCAAAAAGUUCAACUUUUGUCUCAUCAGUCCACAAGGUAUUUUCCCAAAAGUCUUGGCAAUCAUUGAGAUGUUUCUUAGCAAAAUUGAGACAAGCCCUAAUGUUCUUUUUGCUUAACAGUGGUUUGCGUCUUGGAAAUCUGCCAUGCAGGCCGUUUUUGCCCAGUCUCUUUCUUAUGGUGGAGUCGUGAACACUGACCUUAAUUGAGGCAAGUGAGGCCUGCAGUUCUUUAGACGUUGUCCUGGGGUCUUUUGUGACCUCUCGGAUGAGUCGUCUCUGCGCUCUUGGGGUAAUUUUGGUCGGCCGGCCACUCCUGGGAAGGUUCACCACUGUUCCAUGUUUUUGCCAUUUGUGGAUAAUGGCUCUCACUGUGGUUCGCUGGAGUCCCAAAGCUUUAGAAAUGGCUUUAUAACCUUUACCAGACUGAUAGAUCUCAAUUACUUCUGUUCUCAUUUGUUCCUGAAUUUCUUUGGAUCUUGGCAUGAUGUCUAGCUUUUGAGGUGCUUUUGGUCUACUUCUCUGUGUCAGGCAGCUCCUAUUUAAGUGAUUUCUUGAUUGAAACAGGUGUGGCAGUAAUCUGGCCUGGGGGUGGCUACGGAAAUUGAACUCAGGUGUGAUACACCACAGUUAGGUUAUUUUUUAACAAGGGGGCAAUUACUUUUUCACACAGGGCCAUGUAGGUUUGGAUUUUUUU